CAUGCAACUCAUUUUUUGUUGAUCAAGUUGAUGAUCUAAAAAUAUGCGUGAGCCUUCUAUAUCGAAACGGAAGAAGUAUCAUUUUGCUAGUCUCUGCUUUCUUUGUCUUACUGUGACCUAGUCACCUUCCUGGCAUUUACCACUCUCAAGUUGAUAGGCUGAUAGAUAGUGAUGCAUCAGGAUCCAUUCCACAAGUAUCCCUCCGUUCACACUUCACUGUCUAUCUUAACUAUUGACAAAGAAGGAAAUGGAACAGUGGUUCACCUAUUUCAACUGCAAGGUUAGUUUUCGUAGUAAACUGAAUUUUCCUCAAUCUUCUCCACCCAAUCUUAUCCCCUUCUCUGAUCCUGCUGUAAGCAUGCAUCUGCCUUCCCUCCACUUGUUCAUCAUCAUGCUCCUGAUUCCUUGGCCCUUCAGUUCAGUGCGUCUCUGCGCACCUGACAGCGUGCUUGUCCCUGGCAUGGGUCUCACUCCUGGAAAAACUCUCACCUCGGACCAAGGUUCGUUCGCCUUGGGCUUCUUUACCCCCUCAAACUCAACUAAAAAUAUGUAUGUUGGCAUAUGGUUCAACGAUAUCCCAUUGCACACCGUCGUCUGGGUUGCCAACCGCGAUAAUCCGAUCACUGAUGCUUCAUCCGCGGUGCUUGGUAUGACCAACAACUCCAGGCUUGUGUUGUCUGAAACCAAUGGCCGCCACAUACUUUGGAUGUCAAACAUAAUUGCUGGCAGCAACUCUUCAGCCAAACUUCUCAACAACGGUAAUUUGGUAGUCUUAUCAUCAGAUGGUGCCAUGUUAUGGCAGAGCUUUGAAAACCCAAGCGACACCGUCCUUCCUGGCAUGCCCAUGCGGACGACCCACAAGACACACCCACCAUGGCGGAUGAUCUCUUGGAAGGGCCCUGAAGACCCUUCAACAGGCAGGUUCUCUGGUGGGAACGACCUUGACACUCCCCUACAGUUCUUCGUCUGGGAUGGGUCAGUGCCAUACUUCCGUGCCACUGUGUGGAACGGAUAUGUAUCCUCCAACGUGGGCCUCCAGACCGUUAGUCCACUCAUGUAUUUGACAGUUAACAAGGGCACCUAUGGUGAGGCCUAUGCAACAUUUGGACUAUCAGAUGGCUCCUCCAGGAUAAUUUACAAGGUUGACUACUCCGGAAAGACCACGCUAUGGAGAUGGAAUACCAGCUUGACAGAUUGGACCCCUGCUAUACCAUCGUCGCCAGCUUACCGGUGUAGUCUCUAUGGAUACUGUGGUGCAUAUGGCUACUGCGACAACACAGAGGCAAUUCCCACAUGCAAGUGCCUUGAUGGAUUUGACCCUAGUAACAAAACAGAGUGGGUUAGAGGCAAUUUUUCUCAUGGUUGUUGGCGAAAGGAAGAACUGCAGUGUGGUGGAGAGGACAGUUUCUUGACCUUGCCAGCAAUGAAGGUGCCAGACAAAUUUGUACGCCUGUGGAAUAAAAGCUAUGAUGACUGUGCAGUUGAGUGCAGCAAAAAUUGCUCAUGUGUAGCGUAUGCUUAUGCUAAUCUAAGCACCAGCAACAUUGAUGGGGAUGCAACAAGGUGCCUGCUGUGGACCGGGGAGCUGAUUGACGUGGAGAAGGGUGGCGCCGUCGGCAAUGAGAACCUGUAUCUCCGGCUUACUGCCUUGUCAAGCAAAGGGCGAAAGAGCAUCGUAAUAAAAGUUAUACCAGCAAUUUCAGCAAGUGUAUUGCUGAUACUUCUAUUGGCAUGCCUUGUAUGGUUCCGCAAGUUUAAAGGCAAACAUGACAAAAAAGGAAGACCAAGGAGACUGAUAAUGGGGGACUUGCGCUUUAGUGAUGGACUCGGAGAGGAAACUCAUGAACUUCCAUUUAUUAGCUUUGAGGAAAUAGUCACUGCAACAAACAACUUCUCCAUGUCCAAUUUACUCGGAAAAGGCGGCUUUGGCAAAGUUUACAAGGGUGAUGAAAAGCUACUUAUUUAUGAGUAUCUACCAAACAAAAGCCUUGACACCUUCCUUUUAAAUUCUAAAAAGAAGUCAAUGCUUCACUGGCCGACACGAUUCAAUAUAAUAAAAGGAGUGGCUAGGGGGCUACUCUAUCUCCAUCAAGAUUCAAGACUGAUGAUAAUUCAUAGGGAUCUGAAAACAAGCAAUAUUUUUGUCGAUGAAGAUAUGAAUCCCAAGAUAUCUGAUUUUGGCAUGGCAAGAAUCUUUGGUGGAGAUGAGCAACAGGCGAACACUAACCGAGUUGUCGGAACAUACGGAUAUAUGUCUCCGGAAUAUGCAAUGGAAGGCCUCUUUUCUGUUAUGUCUGAUGUCUAUAGCUUUGGAGUGUUGCUUUUGGAAACUGUAAGUGGUCUAAGGAUUAGCUCAACCGAGAACAUCAAGGAGUUCCCCAACCUUAUAAUAUAUGCAUGGAGUCUAUGGAGGGAAGGGCUAGCAAUGGAUGUGGUGGAUCCAUCAGUUUCAGAGAGCUGCUCGAAUGAAGAGGUUUUGUGUUGCAUUCAUGUUGGGCUCUUGUGUGUUCAGGAUGAUCCGGAUGCCAGACCAGUCAUGUCAACCGUUAUAUCAACCUUGGAGAGUAGAAGCACACCACUUGCAAGGCCUGAUAAGCCACUGUAUUUUUCUCAGAGGAAUAAGGUAUAGAGAAGGUAGCAGAAUACGGUCAGGACUCUGUGGAUAUGGAGACCCUUACAGUACUAGAGGGGCGAUAGGGUCUCGAAGCUUUCAAGUUCCGCCCGUGCAUUGUUUCCCAGUUCUCCCAAGCUUACAUUGAGAUGAUUUUGCAGCACUCUUUCAAAGCCCAAGCUUCCAAAAGGUGUGUCUCGUGAUCACUGGUAUGUUCCUGAACGCUCACCAUCGCUUCUAUGAGAAGGUUUGCGAUCCUGAACCCACUGAAGCAAUGGCCACUUGAUAUACUUUAUCCUGUUCUCUUGCUGAUGGUAUUCAGAGGAUUGUCUUAGCUUCUGAUUGUACUUCUCUGGUGGCUAAGCUGAAUGCCUCCUAAAGCUGAUCGGUCGUCUACUGGUACUACAUCAAGUUGUUAGAGCAUCUCCAGCCGUUCACCCCCUAGGACACUGAAAAAGAGCCGCCUGGGGGUCCGCCGGCACUAGAUUGGCCCCUGCGGGUCGCAGUCGUCGGCCCACAGGUCGCCCCGGGUUCGGUGACGUCCGUACAAAAUAUACGAAAACUCGGCGUUUUUUGCACAAACUCGGCGAAAUUUCAUUUAAAUUUGUAAAAAAAACA